AUGGCACUUCGACGUUUUCUAGCUUUGGAGCGAAAACUUGACAAGCAGCCCGACCUGAUGGAACAGUACUCACAAUUCUUUCGAGAGUACGAGCAACUAGGACACAUGCGUGAGAUUGUAGAAGCACCAAACAAGGACCCAGGGUCGGUGUUCUAUCUGCCUCACCACUGCGUGCUGAGACCUUCGAGCACGGCAACUAAACUAAGAGUCGUGUUUGAUGGAUCAGCAAAGACGUCGACGGGUGUAUCCAUUAACGACGCUUUAAUGACUGGGCCAACAGUCCAGAACGAUCUCACUGCAAUUCUUCUUCGUUUUAGAGGGUUCCAGUACGUCUUCACAUUGGACAUUCCGAAGAUGUUUCGUCAGGUGAUCGUCCAUCCGGAAGACACGAAGUACCAGCGAAUUUUUUGGAGGUACAACCGGAACGAUCAACUGACAGUACAAGAGCUGCUCACUGUUACUUAUGGCUUGGGACCUUUCCCAUUCCAAGUAACCAUGGCGCUCAAGCAGGCAGCUAACGAUUAUCAAGACGAGUUCCCGAGGGCUGCCGAAGUGGAACUACUUUCGAAGUUACAGACAACACCUCCAAGACGACAGUGA